AUGAGUAAUUUACAAAUAUGGCAAACAGCUCGAUUCGUUUUAAUCCAACUUCAAAGGCAAGAUCUAAUUCAAUCAGUAUCAAAUACUCAUCAUCAACCACUUGAGUUUCAAUGGAUCAGUCACGUGGGCGAAUUAAAUCGAGAAAAUAAAUUACGAUUAUUCGAUGUAUGGAUUAUACACAAAUUACAUCGAUUAAUUCGAUUGAUCAAUUUAACAUGGACAGAUCCUGAAGAUAAGGAUACUGAUGAUAGUGACUAUAGGAGAAUUCAAGAAAAAAGUACAGCUGAUGAUGGCAGUUUAAAAUGGUCAUUUCAUCAUGGUGUUAAGGGGAUACAAAAUUGGUGGAUGAAUGAUCUGUGCUCAACUUAUCUAGAGGUGGUCAAAAGUGGAGGUGUUACACCGUCCAAUACAAACUCCCUUCAUGUUUUAUAUCUCUGCCUCAUGACGGGUAUCCACCUACUACAUCCAAUUAUGCCGCAUUUAACUGAAGUUUUGUGGCAUGGUUUACGGAUUAGCACUGAAUGUAAAGACAAUGAGUUUUAUAUUCCUGAAAAUUGUCUUUUAAUGCAAACAUUUCCCAACACCGAUUGGUUUGAAUUUCUUCAUCAAAAGCCCAAUGUUUCAUUAGAAGUUGUCGAGGCAACAAUGUCUGAAUUAACUAUGAUAGCUACAAAUAUUAACUCUUGGCGUCCAUUACUCCGAUUCAUUGAUCAUGUUGAAUCAUCCAAGAACAAAGGUGUUGAAUCUAAUGAUCUCUAUUUAAUGAAAAUUUUUAAACAUCGUGAUGAUAAUGGCAAUAAUACUUCAACCAUUUCUGAAGAUGAAUCUUCUGUGUUAAAAGCACUGACGUGCAUUAACGUAAAAUCCGACAUGUCGAAAAAAAAGAACGAUGAUAAUAAUCUCAGUCAUAACUAUGUUUUACAUACCUGUCCACGAUGAUGACAACAAUUGGCAAUUAUGUAUAAAUAAAAACGCAUAUGAUAUUCAAUGGUCUAGAAAGGAACUAGGACAACGUAUCGACAAACUUAAUCAACGUAGAGAUGAUUUGAUGAAUAUAGGGAAAAGGAAGAAAGGAAUGAGAAAUUUAGAAGAGUCUUUAGAUGAAUUAACUCAAACAAAGAUUCAAACAAUGGAAAGGAAGAUAGAGAAACUUGAGCGUCAGCUUUUGCUCUUGAAAUAAAAUGAUUAUUUGUGUGGUAGUAUGGUGAUGAUGAUAAUGAUGAAGUGACCCUGUGCAUACAUCGUGUUAUUGAUUCAUCUAUCAAUGAUUUUUGUACAUUUUUGUAUACUAACUAAAUACAUUUGUCGCAACUUAGUA